AUGGCCUCGAUGGGGGGUGGUAGUUUCCUCGACCCAGAACCAUAUGUGCGAAAGGUGAAAAAUGGUGGCAUGCUCAACCAAACACUGAAGAACAUAUGUUUAGCUGAGGAUAUGAAAGUAAAUGGUGUCAAGGCAGAAUUACAGACGAGAAUUGUUGAUAGAAUCAGAUUUUAUGCGAAUGCGCCAGACGAAAUCAAAUUCAAUCGGCUAGGGCGUAUCAUAGACCAUCCAGAGAUAGUAGCUGCUGGAGUGCACUCACGUCCAUAUCAAGGAUCAGCUUCUCCAGCUGCCAAUUCGAUGUCCAACGGCGCAACAAAUUAUUCUGCACCUAGAGCAGCUAUGCAGCCAUAUAAGCCCAUGGGUUAUGGAAUGAAGCUUGAAUUCAAACCAAGUCCAUUCUACGAUAUCGUCGAGCAAAUUGGGGAGGUCAAAUUGUGUGAUGCCAUGAAUCAACAUCGCCAUACCGUUAACAUCCCAGUCAAAGCUCAGAACCAUCCGAUCUUGUCAAAAGCUCAAAAUGACCCCACGUUGAGGGUAAUGAUAUUUUGCGCGAGCGAAGGUAAUGGGAGACAAGAUAUCGCUUUUCCUCAUCAAUCAGAGGUCAAAGUGAAUGGAGGAGAUGUAAAGGCAAACCUGAGAGGAUUGAAAAACAAGCCUGGAUCAACUCGACCGGUCGAUAUUACCAAGGAACUGAGGUUGAAGGUUCUUGGAUAUCAAAAUACCGUCGAGAUGACCUAUGCGUUGACUACAAAGGCAGGUCUCAAUGGAGCUUUCGUAUCAUCAGAGAAAUUCUAUUUGGUUUUAUAUGUGGUCAAGUUAAUUCCUGUCCCAGACUUGGUCAAACGAUUACAGGCUGGCAAGAAAAUUACAAAGGAAUCUGUGAUCAACGAGAUGAUCAAUAAAUCACGAGAUGCGGACAUUGUGGCUACUGCUUCAGUUCUAUCACUGAAGUGUCCAUUGUCAACCUUAAGAAUUGAUUUACCUAUUCGAUCAAUAUCGUGUAGGCAUAACCAGUGUUUUGAUGCUACUUCCUAUCUUCAAUUACAAGAACAAGGACCAACUUGGCUAUGUCCAAUAUGCAACAAUUCUGCACCUUUUGAGACAUUAGUCGUUGAUGAAUACGUAAAGAAUAUAUUACAAAACACAUCAAGAUCCGUUGAUCAAGUUACAGUUGAACCAGAAGGACAGUGGAAACUCUACAACAGACCAGAUGCCAUAUCGUCACGACCCGGUGUAGCUUCAAGCGAUUCCUCUGAUGACGAUGACGACUUGAUCGAAGUCUCCCCAGGUGGAAGGAAAGCCAGUACACCAAUUACUAGGAAUGGUACCUCGAACGGCACUUUGAAUCAAGCACAAAGUACUCGCGACUCCUUAUCGGCAGCACCAUCCAAUCGAUCAAAUCCAAUAAACCCAUCAACAGGUGGUAAAAGACCCAUCUCGGAGGUCAUUGAUCUAUGCAGUAGUGAUGAAGAAGAAUCACCUGCAAGACCACCGAAAAGACAAAUGACUUCGUCAUUCUCUGGACCAAGUUAUUUAAGCGGUGUAGCACCUGUUCCUAGACCGAGUUACCUAGAUUCUUGA